CUGGGAGCCCGCUGCCCGGCCGGAGGAGGGGGUGGGCAGGUGCCCGCAGGUGGAUUCAUUGCCCGUCCCCUUUCAGCCUCUCCCCCGCUGCCUGGCUCCUCCCCAACCCUCUGCUGCUGCCGGCGCGCCGUGCCGCGUCUGCUCCGCGCUACGCUCCAGGCAACAAGGAACAGCAAUAUCUUCCUGCAAAGUGUUACUUGUUCUAUAAGUUUGGGCAGAACUGAGUUUACCCAACGCUACUAUGAAGUGACCAAGAAUGGAUGCAACAUAAAACAGAAGUCAUGCAGACUUAGUCACCAGUCUUGAUGAACUACUUACUGUUCAGGCUUUACGUCUAAACACUUGAAUUGUUUCAGUACUGCUGACAAAGGAAAGAUGACCUCUACUGUAAAUCCACCACCUUACUAUGAAAAUCAUGGCUUCCAGACAGAAAACUACUAUUCUGCCAGGCCACAAGUAGGUGCUAACCCAUAUCCACAGUACUUUUCUACAAAUGUUCCAUCAGUGCCAACCUAUAUCCCAAGAGUUUCAACCCAUCAGUCAAGCAUUCCAGUAGCACCUUCAUCCAGUUCGUCCAGGACGUGUUCAUCAAGUAUAAAGAAAAUUAUAAUAAUUAUAGUAUCCAUUUUAAUAGUCAUCGGUUGUGCAAUUGCUGCUUUCUUGAUCUGGUAUUUUGUCGAGAAUCGUUGUCUUGGAUCCUUAAUAGAGUGUGGAUCUUCAGGAGUGUGCAUUUCUCCCUCAUCGUGGUGUGAUGGAACAACUGACUGCCCAAAUGGGGAGGAUGAAAACCGGUGUGUUAGACUUUAUGGACCAAACUUCAUCCUGGAAGUUUAUUCACCUGUCAGCCAAACCUGGUACCCUGUUUGUCAAGAUGACUGGACUGAUGAUUUUGGAAAGAUUGCAUGUCAAGACAUGGGCUACAGUGUAGAUACAUAUUACUAUAGUCAAGGAGUAGCAGCUGAUAUCGCCAUUAAAAGCUUUAUGAAGCUGAACUCAAGUGCGGGGAAUACAGACUUGUACAAAAGGCUGCAAAGCAGUGAUUACUGUGCAUCAGGAAAUGUGGUUUCUCUACGCUGCAUAGAGUGCGGCCUGUCCACUAAAAGCACAGCCAUCAUGAGCAGGAUUGUGGGUGGCAGCAUGGCGACGCUGGGGCAGUGGCCAUGGCAGGUGAGCCUCCAUGUGCAGGGCACCCACAUCUGUGGAGGCUCCAUCAUCACCCAUGAGUGGCUGGUGACGGCAGCCCACUGCGUGGAGGGACAAUUUUCUGACCCAUACAUCUGGACUGUUUAUGCUGGGAUUCUGAACCAGAAUGAGAUGCACUUGAUGCCUGGAUACAGAGUGCAAAAAAUAAUUUCCCAUCCAAAUUACGAUACAGAUUCUAAAGACAAUGAUGUUGCCCUUAUGAAGUUAGAGACACCGCUGAGUUUUACUGAUACUAUACGGCCAGUUUGUCUGCCUAACCCGGGAAUGAUGUUCCAGCCUAAUCAGCUGUGCUGGAUAUCUGGGUGGGGAGCAGAGUACCAAGGAGGUAAAACAGCAAGUGACUUGAAUUAUGUCAUGGUACCCUUAAUAGAACGUUCUACAUGUAAUUCUGUCUAUGUCUAUGAUGGCAUGGUCUUGCCUACAAUGGUCUGUGCUGGAUAUUUACAAGGAGGAAUUGAUUCUUGUCAGGGUGACAGCGGAGGUCCUCUGGUAACAAACAAAAACUCGGUGUGGUGGUUGGUUGGAGAUACCAGCUGGGGAUCUGGCUGCGCUAGUCCCAACAGGCCUGGAGUUUAUGGAAAUAUGACUGUGUUUACAGACUGGAUUUAUAAAAAUAUGCAGGCCAACAGAUGACAGCGCCAUUUCUCAUUCAGAGUUUCUGAGAACAAGAGAAAAUGAAGCCAUGGGUGCCUGGGAUAUUUAUUCACUUUUACAAAUGAUUUUUCUCUCUGAAUUUUUUUUUUUUUUAAUAACAUGAAGGAUUGCACACUGGAUUAUGUGCUGGCUACAGUGACUGGUUUUAGUCAGUGAGGGAUUAUCACAACAAGCACCUUUAUUGAUGGGGUGCCUGGCGGAAAGUUGUUCUGCUAACUGCUUGCUGAGAUUUUUUUUUUUUUUUUAGCUGAGUAACUCUCACUUGGUAAUCAGGUGCAGGUUUAAAAUGGAAAUUUUAAUCACAAUUUCAGAUUUUUGUAGCAGGGUUCUGAGACAGUUGGUUUUGUAGGGUUUUAAUUUAACUGUUAAGUAAUGUGAAUAUUGAAUCUCUGAGCUGCUGGUUGGCAAUGUAAGAAGAAAUGAAUGUUUUUUUGGUAUAUAUGAAGGGAAGUUUUCAUGCACUACGGUAGUAGAGGCACAGGAAAAAAAAAACAAACAAACUGUAUAUUCAGGUAGUUAUAAAUCCUCAGGAUCAUGACAGCCGUCAUCUAACUCAGAUUGCUCCAAGUAAGAUCAGUCUGAUCCUCUCAGUAAUUAAAAGUGCUCUUCUGCCUUGAACUGCUGUGAAUCCUGAAAGGGCAGGACCUGCCAUCGCUCCCCAUAUAGGUGACAGAGAGGAACGCUCCAGAGCUGCAGCAGGAAGGAGGCAGCUGAGCAUCCUGCCAGCAAGGUCCCCUGCCACGUGUAUCCAGAGGAUGUGAUGCUGCUCCGUGGGGUGUGCUGCAGGCAGCAGACCUCUGGCUGCAGUGCCCAUCUGGGGGCUGAGUGUUCUGGAUGAGGAGACGCAAGCCUGUGUUUCUGCCUAACCAGGUGAACUACCUCAUUUAUUAAAUUUGGCUUUUAGUACUUUCAGCUCUCUUUUAGGUAUCUGCAUGAUGUUUUUAGCAAAAUACAAUGAAUAUCAGAGUGCCACUUUGACUAAGAUUUGGAAAAUAAUUUAUAAUCAUAGGACAGAGGAUCAAAAAGCCAUAACAAGUCAUUUUUAUUAAGAAGGAUAAUUUUUUUGAAAUAAAUGACGCUUCUGGUCUUGUUGGUACUGAAAUGCAAUUAUCUUGCAUGGAAACACUGCACCAAAUAAAAAAAUAUAUAUUUUUUUUACAAAUAAUUUUCCUUUGUUGUAGUUUGUUUGGGAUGUCUUAGAAGCAGUUGCUAGAUUCAGUGUCUGAAAUCCUCUGAGAAGCUGAUGCAAGAAAAAAAGAAGCGGGACAAAAAAAAAAGCAAGAGGAUUAUCCAAAAGUUUUCUUUAACUCCAGAAUUUCAGGUUUCUGCAUAAACCCAGGGGAAAAGCUGGUGGCUGUUCAGGGAUGCUGGAUGUCUUCAGGGGAGAGAGCUGCCAAAAUCACUUGGGUUUAUGAGAUGAGUUAAAUGAGGAAGUUUAGACUGAAAAGCAGAGGGGUGAGGGAAUUGCACCCUAAGUUGUUAUUAUGUCUCACCUGCCCAAAGCAGUGUGUACCUGCCUGUUUUCUCUAGGGGUGUUUCAGUAGCACGUGAUUGUCAUGCACCCCAUAGGGGAUACCAUGAAGUAGUUGGUAAGUUUAAAGCGCAUUCAAAAUAGAAAUUAAAUAUGUUUCAGUGUUAUGGAAUCAGGUUUUUAUAGGGCUUGUGAACUGCGGUGCUGCAAGUCAGCAGCAGCAGCAGAUGUAGAAAACUGUUGGUAGUGCUUAGUAGGGUUACAAAUGCUGCAUGCUCCAAUGGGUUGAGUUCUGUGCUGCAGAAAUCAGCCACCUGUUGCUGCCAUGUCACAAAGAGAAGGCUUCACUUGUAACUGUCUUGGGAACUGCUGCAUGACAAACUGGAAUAGGCACAUUUUUAUUUUUUUAGCAGAAUGCAGACAGCCCUCACUCACUGCACAAAGAAUAGUUUUGCCUGUUAAAAGCUCCCUAUGAAAGAUGUCACAAUUACAACGUGCAGUAUUACGUUUUGCACUGCCUUCCAUGAAAUGAAAGACAACUUUUAGAAAGGUUCUCCUCAGUCUGGGAAGGGAGAGAUACAAGCUAGCAUGCCGUGUGCUAAGGCAUCUUUCUUUUCAGUGUCUUGUGGAUUAAUCUGUUAUAGACAACUCAAUCCAGUGGUCUGGUGAAUCCACCAUCAACCCCAAAAUCUCAGGUGGAGGUCCAGGCACCCAAUAGAAAAACAUCUUGGUUUUCUAACCAUAACCAUGUAAGUCAGAGAAAAAAAGAGAAACAUAUUCUAACAUUAUCUUGUGGGUAUACCUGUCAGCUGUAGUUAUUUCCCUUUAUGCUGGAACUGUUUCAGACACACUGUGAGCACCAUCUCUAUCCACAGAGAUGGGACUUACCAGUGAUAACGUGUUGCAUGAGUACCUUUUAUACAAGGUAGGCAAUACAACAACUUCAGCAAAAUCACAGAGAGAAGCAGAAGGACCAUUGGGGUUGUGCAGUAAACUUGAUCUAAGAAAGUUACGUUAUUGGAUUUUUACAGUUUUUGGGUUCCACAGCUAAAAGCUCCCUA